AUUGUUUUUCAAGCGAACGCCAUGCACGUGCCAGAAGCCCACAAUUAAGGUUCAUGUUCUCGAACGAUCAGUCUGAGAUGCAUGCACGACGAUCGAUCUACAGCUAGCGUUGCAUGACGAUAUGGACCUACACUCGCGGGCAAAGCCCAUGGACACCGCCGUCGCCGUCGCGGUGGCUGUCGUCGCCGCCGCCCUCCUCGUGCGGGUUGGCGACGCCGACAUCACGACCACGCCCAUCGUGUCCGACGCGAGGCCGAUCAUCCUCUUCGAGGAGUUCGGCUUCACGAGCGGCGGCAAGGCCGCGGUCUCCAUAAGCCGCGCGACGUGGCAACUCCGGCCGGGGUCACGCCUCUCCAGCGUUGACUCCAGCCUCAUGGGAUUCGUGCUCAUCGCCAGUGCCCAGUUCCCAGGGAUCAACAACCAGACACAGUACUACGCCGCCGAUCCGGGAGGCGGCGGCCGGUUCUGCGUGCUGACGAGCGACUACGCGCUCCCGAUGCUCCGGCUCAGCGACGUCCCGCCGGGCGGGGUCACCACCACCGUAACCAUCGACUACCCCGACGAGUACGCCGUCGUUUUCAGCAACUGCCAGGACGGCGUGGAGGUCACCAUGGACGUGCGCACCGAGAUGUACAACGUGCGCCGCGACGCCUCCGGCGGGACCAGGGACUACCUCCCCGUCGGGCUGCAGCCUCUGCCGGCCAUCUACGCGGGCGUGGCGGUGGUGUACCUAGCGUUCCUGGCGGGGUGGGUGUGGGCGUGCGUCCGGCAGCACGCCACGACGGAGCGGAUCCACGCCGUGAUGGGCGCUCUGCUGCUGUUCAAGGCGCUCAAGUUGGCGUGCGCGGCCGAGAGCAUGUGGUUCAUCGAGCGCACGGGCACGUCGCACGGCUGGGACGUCGCGUUCUACGUGUUCGGCUUCUUCAAGGGCAUCCUGCUCUUCAUCGUCAUCGUCCUCAUCGGCACCGGCUGGUCCUUCCUGAAACCGUACCUCCAGGAGCGCGUAAAGAGCCUGCUGAUGGUCGUGAUACCGCUGCAAGUGAUCGAGAACCUGCUGCUGGUGGUGAUCGGCGAGACGGGCCCGACGCGGCGGGGUUGGGUCGUGUGGACCCGGGCCUUCCUGCUCGUCGACGUCAUCUGCUGCUCCGCCGUCAUCUUCCCCGUCAUCUGGUCCAUCCGGGGCCUGCGCGAGGCCUCCAAGACCGACGGCAAGGCGGCGCGCGACCUCAAGAAGCUCACUCUCUUCAAGCGCUUCUACCUGGUCGUCGUCGGCUACCUCUACUUCACCCGGAUCAUCGUGUCAGCGUUCCUCGCCGUGCUCAACUACAAGUACCGGUGGGGAGUCGAUGUUGCAGUCGAGGCCGCGAGCUUUGCCUUCUACCUGUUCGUCUUCUACAACUUCAAGCCGGUAGAGAAGAACCCGUACUUGUACAUUGGCGACGACGAGAAGGAGGCCGCCCGUGGCCGUGGGCACCUCGAGACGGACGAUGGGGCUUUGAUUCUGAGCUCUGAUUCAUGGGGAUGCAGAACCAUCUCCUGAUCCUGCCUAUUUUUUUUUUUUGGUAGAUAUGAUGUACUCGGUACUUGUUAUCUCGCAGCACCAUUUCGUACAGCUCUACGUUAUUGUGAAGUGGUAGUUUUUUUACUCUAGCUCUAUAAACAGUUUCAAGUGUAAAGACAGAGUUGUUUUCAUAAAAUGUCUAAUACAGUUAUCAUUCUUUA